AUGGCUGCCCCCUCCACUGCCAAUUACUUGCUGAAGCACGAUCGAGUCGAAGCCUUAAGGCUUGGAUCACAGCAUCUCCUAUGGCAACUACAUACGAAACACAUACUCCAUCCUGAUAUCCCCAUCAAAGAUGGCAUGGCAAUCGCCGACAUUGGAGCGGGCACAGGGAUCUGGGCUGUCGAGCUAGCCGCUCAGCUUCCACCCUCCGCUCGAGUUGUGGCAUAUGAUAUCACCGACGCCCACUUCCCCAGCCCAGAAUACUGGGCCUCAAAUGUUAAAUUCGACCACCUUGACGCUCUCAGUGAUGUCCCAGAGUCUCUGAUUGGUCAAUUUGAUGUGGUGCAUUUACGCAUGUUGGCGUUCAUUAUCCGCGAGAACGACCCUAUUCCGCUGAUCAAGAAUGCCGCCAAAUUGCUCAAGCCUGGUGGCUACCUCCAGUGGGAGGAUGCUCGAUUCGGGAGCAGUGUGGUUAAAGGCGAUGCUGCCAUCCAGGUUCGGCAGAUGAUCGAUCGUAUGAGCAAUGCAUCGAAUCAUAAUUUCCAGUGGCUCGAUGAGCUUGAUCAGCACGUGAAGCGCGCCGAAGCCGACUUGGAUGUUGUGCACUGUCAGUACAAGUCGUGGUCAACUCAGCUGAUUCCACUUUGUAUGGAUACCUUCUUGGCAGCUCUGGAGAAUAGCAGUGCCGCUUUGCAUCGUUUGAAGCAAGUUGCACCAUUUGCCCCUAGCUCGGACGAGCUUAUGAAUGCUCUGGAGACUUUGCACAAAGAGAUCCGCACCCCGGAUGGCAGUCAACUUUAUUGGCUUCCAGUUACGCUACUAGCUAAGAAAAAUGAUUGA